AUGGAGCUGUGGACACAGAGGGAUGGACAUGUGCUGGUCCUUGCAACGCUGCUGGCUAGUGCCGUGUUCGGAGUUCCGUCUCCCGUGGUGACCGGUGGAGGAAAUGACGUGACGCUGACGUGUCGGGUGGCUCAGCGACGGCGCUCGAGCAGCUUGCCCGUGGUGCGCUGGAUGUUCGCUCGGACGGCCCGGGCGUUGCAGCUGGAGAGCGAGAUCCUGGUGGCGCUGACGUCAAUGCGGCGCGCCAGUUCUCGACGCUACACCAAAGGCUUCAAGCGCCCCAGUGCGGCUGGCGGUGGUGAAACAGGGCCAUGCGUCUGACUGCUGCUCCUGGAGGCGGCGGCUGGUGACCGCGGGACCUACACCUGCCGCGCACAGGAGUUCCGCAGACACAAGGACCGCUGGAAGGCCUCCACCAACAGCUCGGCUUCCACAGAGCUCAGAGUGCACGUUCACCCAGCCAGUGUCCCCAGAGAUGCCCUGUGGAGUCUGUUUGAAGAUGUAUACCUGUGUGCAGUAAUUUAUCUUUUCUUGGGAGGUGUGUGCCUGUUCACUGUGGUCGUCUGCUGUCAGUAUUUACAGAGGAAGAGGAAAAUAAAAGAGAACUACCAUCUAGUCAAGAGCCCCCAGAAUAGCUCUGGCGAGGUGGUCACCAGUGAGGUCAGUGUGUCUCCUGCUCUCCCUAAGAAGGAGAGGAAGUACAAGAACAGACUACACACACAGCAGGACACACCACCAGAGAUACCCGCCAAAGCUCCCAUUGGGGAGAAGAUGCGGAACCCCAAACUCAUAAAGGUUCCUCCGAGGAACCUCCUCCUGCCCAAGAUUGUGGAGGAGUCCCUGACCUACGCAGAGUUGGAACUGGUCAAGGCUCGCCCAACGGCAAGGCCAACUGCUCCAGCACAGCUUACCAUUCUUCAGUGA